AUGGAAAAAAUUGAGAUGACUCAGCCCGAGCCGAUCCCAAAGCAAUCAACCAGCGAGGACGAAGAGUAUCCUGCUGAACACCUCUUCAAAGAGAACGAACCAUUGCUAGAUCUCGAGAGUCAACAUGAGGAGAAGCAGGAGCUUGCUCAUCGAGCAACCGAACCGGCCGUCAGCCGGACGAAGACUUUCGUGUUUCUGGCAACUUAUUUCAUAAUGAAUCUGAGUCUUACCUUCUACAAUAAAGCAGUCAUGGGUUCGUUCCCAUUCCCAUGGAUUCUGACAGCAGUACACACCGGGAGUGCUGCUCUUGGAAGUUUGGUUUUCUUGAUGUUUGGAUAUUUCCAGUUGACGCGACUGACAACGCGCGAGCACCUGGUACAUUUCAUGUUCUCGCUGCUGUUCACGCUGAACAUCGCAAUGUCUAACCUGUCGCUGGCUAUGGUUUCAGUUCCUUUCCAUCAAAUCAUGCGGGCAACCUGUCCACUUUUUACGAUCCUGAUCUAUCGCCUCGUUUUCUCUAGAAGAUAUGCUGUCAUAACAUAUCUGUCUAUUGUCCCUGUAAUGCUGGGUGUCGGUCUAGCGACCUUCGGCGACUACUACUUCACCGCCCUGGGUUUCACUCUAACUCUUAUCGGUGUGGUCCUCGCAGCCAUAAAGACGGUCGUUACCAACCGUUUGAUGACAGGGCGCCUGCGACUACCCGCACUGGAGCUGCUCCUCCGCAUGGGUCCCUUGGCUGCUGUGCAAUCUCUGCUCUAUUCCGUACUCAUUGGCGAGUUCUCGGAAUUCCUUGAUUUCGUAAAAGCUGGGCAUCUGACAGCGGAGAGGAUUCUGACAGUCUCGGGUAACGGCCUGCUUGCGUUUGGCCUUAAUGUCGCGUCUUUCGAGACGAACAAGCUGGCAGGCGCGCUGACAUUGACUAUCUGCGCGAACUUGAAGCAAUGUCUAACCAUUGUAUUGGGAGCUUUCUUGUGGGACGUGCCUGUCAGUCCCAUGAAUGGAGCCGGCAUACUCCUAGCUCUUGCAGGCGGAGCGUGGUACAGUAGCAUAGAGCUUAGGGCAAAGGCGAGAGCCAGUGGAUGA